CCACUGGGCUUGCAGCACUGCAGUGUAAAGUGACACACAGUUAGCUAGCAAACAAGAGAUGGAAGAGGCUGUGCAGUGGGCAGCCAACGUGAUGGAUCAUAAAACAGGAAUAGAAAAGAAAGCUCAGGAAGAGGAGAGAGCGGGGAAGUGUGAGAUUUUGGAUCUGAGUGGAGGAGAGAACAUCACAGAGCUGUGCAAAAGGAAAAAGAAGAUCAAGAAAGCAUGCUCACCCCAGGCAUUUGUGGAAAACCCUGUGGUACGGCUUGAGGAUACUGCAGAAUUCAUGAAUGCAGCCGGUCAAGGCAAGCUGAAUGUAAUAUUCAAGUAUCUGGCUGAUGGUGGGAACCCUAAUGUCCAUGAUGAGUUGAAAAGGACGGCACUACAUCGCGCCUCCCUGGAAGGACACACUGCAGUUGUCCAAAUGCUUUUAGAAAAAGGAGCCGAUAUCAACUUUAAAGAUCAACUGGGCUCCAGGGCCAUACACUGGGCAUGCAGAGGGGGAAGCCUGGAAGUUGUCAAAGCCCUUAAGAGCCAUGGGGCUGACCUGAACGUUAGAGAUAAGUUGUACAGCACUCCUCUUCAUGUGGCCACAAGAACAGGCCACACCGCCAUUGUGGAGUACCUGCUGUCCUGUUGUGCCAAAAUCAACUCCAGGGACAGGGAAGGGGACACAGCCCUGCAUGAUGCUGUACGCCUCAACAGAUACAAGAUAGUGAAGCUGCUCGUAGUUGCAGGGGCUGACACAAAAAUAAAAAACCAUGAGGGAGUAACAGCGCUGCAGCAGGUAAAACAAUGGCAGUUUGACAUCAUGGAGACCAUGCAGAGACUGGAGAAGCUGAGGGAGGUGGGACUGGUGGCACCUGAAAACACAUCCAGAGAGAGGAGUGAAUAGUGCAAGAAACUGCACAUCUACUCAUGCAGUAUAUUCUUUAUAAUGUCAGUUACUAUGACUAUCUGUCUCAGGUUCAAAAUACAUUCUGUAGUUCCACGGUAGGACUUUGUACAUCAUACAAAUAUGCAUUAUAUGUGCUUACCAAGAAAAUCUGCCUUCCCAGGGCAAUGCUGCUAAACCUCUGGGAUUAGUCUGAACUCUGACACUAUAAAAUGUCAGCUU